CAGGAAGAUGAACAGAACUUAACUGCAUUUUAGGACUUGACUCCUGAUGGGCUGGAUUUUAUCUUGGCAGGAGUUCUUGAAGAUUCACAUAGUGAAAGAAGAAACAACCAAUGGCUUCAGAAUCCACUGUCCCAGAGCACGCAAAACAACAUCUGAUAAAGGGAAAAAGACGUCAGCAGCAGCAGCAAACUAGGUCUUCCGACGGUGAAGAUGACAUCUUUGUAUUUGAAGCAAAUGAGGCUUGGAAGGAUUUUCACAGCUCUCUUCUUCGCUUCUUUGAAGCUGGAGAGCUCUGCGAUGUUACGCUGAAGGUUGGUUCAAAGCUUAUCUCCUGCCACAAACUGGUGCUAGCUUGUGUUAUACCUUACUUCAGAGCCAUGUUUCUUUCGGAAAUGGCUGAAGCCAAGCAGACGUUGAUUGAGAUCAGGGACUUCGAUGGCGAUGCAAUAGAAGACCUAGUGAAGUUUGUGUACUCCUCCCGGCUCACUCUGACGGUGGAUAACGUCCAGCCUCUCUUGUACGCUGCUUGCAUUCUUCAGGUGGAACUGGUAGCAAAGGCAUGCUGUGAAUACAUGAAGCUGCACUUCCAUCCCUCCAACUGCCUGGCAGUCAGGGCAUUUGCAGAGAGUCACAACCGCAUAGACUUGAUGGACAUGGCCGAUCAGUAUGCUUGUGAACAUUUUACAGAAGUGGUGGAGUGCGAAGACUUUGUGAGCGUGUCACCACAGCACCUCCACAAACUCCUGUCCUCCAGUGACCUGAAUAUUGAAAAUGAAAAGCAAGUUUACAACGCUGCUAUCAAAUGGCUGCUAGCCAAUCCACAGCAUCAUGCUAUGUGGCUGGAUGAAAUACUUGCACAGGUACGGCUGCCUCUCUUGCCCAUUUGUUUCCUUAUGGGUGUUGUGGCAAAGGAAGAGAUUGUCAAGCAGAAUCUAAAAUGUAGGGAUUUGCUGGAUGAAGCAAGAAACUACCACCUUCACCUGAGCAGCAGGGCAGUGCCAGACUUUGAGUACUCCAUUCGCACAACACCAAGGAAGCAGACUGCUGGUGUGCUGUUCUGUGUUGGUGGUAGAGGUGGAUCGGGUGACCCAUUUCGCAGCAUUGAAUGUUACUCCAUCAGUAAGAACAACUGGUUCUUCGGCCCUGAAAUGAACAGCAGGAGAAGGCACGUGGGUGUGAUCUCUGUGGGAGGUAAAGUCUAUGCAGUAGGUGGACAUGAUGGAAAUGAACACUUAGGAAGCAUGGAAGUAUUUGAUCCUCUCACAAACAAGUGGAUGAUGAAGGCAUCAAUGAACACAAAAAGGAGAGGAAUUGCUCUUGCCUCCCUCGGUGGCCCCAUUUAUGCAAUAGGAGGUUUAGACGACAACACUUGCUUCAGCGAUGUGGAAAGAUACGACAUCGAUUCUGAUCGGUGGAGUGCAGUCGCCCCAAUGAACACUCCCAGGGGAGGAGUUGGCUCUGUAGCCCUUGUGAACCAUGUUUAUGCUGUGGGUGGCAAUGAUGGUGUAGCAUCUCUUUCCAGCGUGGAGAAAUACGAUCCUCAUUUGGAUAAGUGGAUAGAAGUGAAAGAGAUGGGUCAACGAAGAGCUGGCAAUGGUGUCAGCGAGCUACAUGGCUGCUUGUACGUUGUCGGUGGCUUUGAUGACAACUCUCCACUGAGCUCGGUGGAGAGGUUUGACCCACGCAGCAACAAAUGGGAAUAUGUGGCAGAGCUUACAACUCCGAGGGGUGGCGUUGGCAUAGCCACACUGAUGGGUAAAAUUUUUGCAGUUGGAGGUCAUAAUGGCAACGCGUACCUGAAUACAGUGGAAGCAUUUGAUCCCAUAGUGAAUAGGUGGGAACUCGUGGGCUCGGUGUCACACUGCAGGGCAGGGGCAGGGGUGGCUGUGUGCUCCUGUCUCAGCAGCCAGGUCCGGGACGUGGGCCAGGGAUCCAGCAAUGUUGUUGACUGCAUGUGA